AUGAUACCAGUGGAACCUACAAAGGCAUGUGUCCCUACCUCUACUGUACACGGACCCUGCCAUACAUGUGUUUGUAACAUUGACGGUGUGUACUACUGCAGGGCAGACAAAUGCAAGAAUGAAUCAGAAUACAAAACAUUGCAAAGGAGAGAAUGUGAAUCAAACUUGAUGUAUACAGAAGAUAUGUUACUCUGCACAUGUAACGAUGAAGGAUACUGGACAUCAACCAACUGUCGAACAAAUGAAAGCCACUGGAAUAAUCACAACAGCGAUCUACCACGCAUACGAAAUGGAGAAUCCUGCAUCCCUGGAAAGAUAUAUCGCUUGGACUGCAAUACAUGUCGAUGCGGUGAACAAAAUUCCCUUCUUUGCACUAAAAUGGCCUGUCUAACUGAAGAAGAUUUGAACGUGAUAUUUCACGAAAGGAAACCAAAAGGUGUACAGGAACCGAAAGAUGUAAUCAAUUUGAGAACGCGAAUGACUGAUAUAAAGUAUCCGGAUAUACCUUCAGCGAAAUGUAUACCGGGCAAAUUGUAUAAGAAGGGAUGCAAAAAAUGUUUCUGUAAUGAGAAGGGUAUUGUCAGUUGCACGAAGAAUGUAAACUGUUAUGACAGACGUAGUAUUGUAAUGCUCACACCAAACGAUGUCCGUCCUCGUUUCAAAGAGGAAGACCUGAACUCUUUAGAAAUGUUGCCAAAUGCAGCAACAAAAUGCGAGCCUGGUAAAGCGUACAAAGUAGACUGUAACACAUGCCUCUGUUUGGUCAAUAAGAACUUACUGUGCUCUAAAGUACUGUGCUUAAGUCUUGACGAUAUGCAUAGAGUUGAUGCUAAUAAACGUACAGGUAAACCUUGCAAUAGAGACGAGUACACAACAGAUAUAGAAUGCCUUCUUUGUUCUUGUGUAAAGGGAGUUACUCAAUGCAAGGCAAUAGCAGGAUGUAAGGAAGAAUUAACCGCCCUGAGACUACUGCACGGGGAGUAUAACAAAUGGAAACCUAGAUUAACACUCAGUUUAAAGGAAGACAAAUGUCUAGCACAGACUAUAUACAAAGAUGAUUGCAAUAAAUGUUAUUGCCAAGACGACGGUACAUUACGGUGCACACAAAAAACCUGCUUGAACUAUGUACAGACGCUACAAUUGAAGAAACAUCGACUGUAUCUGCAGAAAUAUGGACUUUAA